CAUCCUACUCCGCCUUUAUAUUCUAACCGCGCGCCUACCCCAACGUCCCCACACACACUCUCUCUCUCUCUCUCUGCGUAAUUUCAUCAAAUGCCUCAGGUGGACCUUGAGACGCUCCUCUGUGGGAGCGACUUCAAGGUCGCAUGCGAGACCAUGAUCGGCGGCGAAGAUUCGGCCCCAAAGCGGGUCGAAGAAGACCCCGAUAUGCCGGCUGACUCCAUUCAGAUUCGGAUCGGGGAAGACAUCGAUUGGACCGACAUCAACGCGGUCUACGAGCGGGAUGAUUCCACAAAGGGGAACACGAAUCCCAAAUCCCAGCACGCAAAUCAGAAGCAGCAGCAACAGCAGCCGACAUCCACCUCCCAGCGCUUCUCCGGCAAGCUGAAAACCAAAGCCCCAAUCAUCGCACUCCCCAACAAGAUCCGAUACUCCAGCUAUCUCGGCUCCAGUGCCCGCCGACUCCCCAAAGGAUCGACCCUGCCCAAAAAGAAGAAAGCAGGCGGGGAUCGGAAAUCGGCGGUUCCGCCGCCGGAACCAGGAUCGCCGGUAUCCUGUUUCGGGAAAGUUCUUUCCGACAGGGAAAGGGAGAGGAAUCAUCACAUCCGGCCGGCAUCGUCGGCGCCGUCUGCAGUAAUUGAUAAGGAUCUCAGGAAUCGAAGAUCCGGCGGUUACUUUGCGAGGCUGAUGUGGAUUUUCAGAUGCCACCGAUCGGAAACUCGUGAGUACGAACAGGAUGAUGAGGCUUCAUCGACGCUCCCAGAAAAGACUUUUCCAUGGUCGGGAAGGCCGUCGGCGGCGACGCCGGUGGAUGGAUCGUCCGAAGUAACGCCGGCGGGGCUCGGGGCUUUCAGGCGGUUUUCAUCAGGAAGACGGCCGGAAUCAUGGGGAGGGGGGGAGGAGAUCGACGGCCACAUGAACGUGAUGUUGUCUGGGCCUUCAGAUCAGCGUGGCACCAUUGACAGGCGGUCGGUAGGGUGAGUGGUUGGUGUUACCUGGUAAGAGGGGUUGGUGUUUGGUAGUGCGUUUGUUUAAGCUAUUCUGCCGUGGUAACUGAGCUUUAAUUAUUUUAAAUUUGGGGGUGAAUGUUAUUAAUCUCGAUUCAGGUUUUUUUUUUUGUCCGUUUUUCGAAUUUUUCUCAGGUUUGUAAAAUUGACUUUUUGAGAUUAUUCCUUCUAUGAAAAC